AUGUACCGGAUGUGCAUGCACACUGACACUGGUAGUGACACUGGUAGUGAUACUGGUAGUGACACUGACACUGGUAGUGACACUGGCACUGGUAGUGACACUGGCACUGGUAGUGACACUGACACUGGUAGUGACACUGGCACUGGUAGUGACACUGGCACUGAUAGUGACACUGGCACUGGUAGUGACACUGGCACUGGUUGUAACACUGGGAGUGACACUGGCAAUGGAAGUGACACUGGUACUGGUAGUGACACUGGCACUGGUAGUAACACUGGCACUGGUAAUGACACUGGCACUGGUAAUGACACUGGCACUGGUUGUAACACUGGUAGUGACACUGGCACUGGGAGUGACACUGGUACUGGUAGUGACACUGGCACUGGUUGUAACACUGGGACUGGUAGUGACACUGGCACUGGUAGUGACAUUGGUAGUGACACUGGAACUGGUAAUGACACUGGCAAUGGUAGUGACACUGGCACUGGCAGUGACACUGGCACUGGUAGUAACACUGGUAGUGACACUGGUACUGGUAGUGACACUGACACUGGUAGUGACACUGGUAGUGACACUGGAACUGGUAAUGACACUGGCACUGGUAGUGACACUGGCACUGGCAGUGACACUGAUACUGGUAGUGGCACUGACACUGGUAGUGACACUGGCACUGGUAGUGACACUGGCACUGGUAGUAACACUGGUAGUGACACUGAUACUGGUAGUGACACUGACACUGGUAGUGACACUGGUAGUGACACUGGCACUGGUAGUGACACUGGCACUGGUAGUGACACUGGCACUGGUUGUAACACUGGUAGUGACACUGGCACUGGUAGUGACAUUGGUAGUGACACUGGCACUGGUAAUGACACUGGCAAUGGUAGUGACACUGGCACUGGUAGUGACACUGGCACUGGCAGUGACACUGAUACUGGUAGUGACACUGACACUGGUAGUGACACUGGCACUGGUAGUGACACUGGCACUGGUAGUGACACUGACACUGGUAGUGACACUGACACUGGUAGUGACACUGGUAGUUACACUGACAAUGGUAGUGACACUGGCACUGGUAGUGACACUGGCACUGGUAGUGACACUGUCACUGGUAGUGACACUGACACUGGUAGUGACACUGGUACUGGUAGUGGCAUUUGUACUGGUAGUGACACUGGCACUGGUAGUGACACUGGCACUGGUAGUGACACUGACACUGGUAGUGACACUGACACUGGUAGUGACACUGACACUGGUAGUGACACUGGUAGUGACACUGGUAGUGACACUGACACUGGUAGUGACACUGACACUGGUAGUGACACUGACACUGGUAGUGACACUGGUAGUGACACUGACACUGGUAGUGACACUGGUAGUGACACUGACACUGGUAGUGACACUGGCACUGGCAGUGACACUGGUACGGGUAGUGACACUGGCACUGGUAGUGACACUGGCACUGGCAGUGACACUGGCACGGAUAGUGACACUGGCGCGGAUCCUGUUAAGAUGUGGCCAAAGUUUUUGGACGAGUUGGAGAUGUUCAGCAAGUGUGUAGAACACCAACAAAAGAUGUGUUACAUGUGCUUUCAUGCUUGCCUGGUGUUAGGCUUAUCGGAGCAAUGUUCUCGAUCAGGAAAACCAAGAAACUCUGAGUUAGAAGUAGAACUAGACUUGGCGAAGGAGCAAGAACAGCUUCUCAAGUAG